ACAAGGAAAAGGUUGGCAGUGACCAUCAUGAGAGUGCCUGGUUAUAUCUUCAAAUAAGCCAGUGCUUUGAAGUCUCUCUCUCAACUUUUUGCCUCAUAUAAAUUGAUAUGUUUUAUCUCUGUGGCUUGUUAAUUAGUUCUUUGAAUCUUCUUCAUCUCUUAUAAUAUCAAAGUUAGUUAUAGUUGUAGGAAAGGCCGUUAAUGAUUGAAGAUGUAAGCAACACUUGUAGAUAUUUUAUUAGGUUUGCUGUAAUUCUUCUCUUUCCUCUUUAUGUAUUAAUAUUAAAUAAGUUGUGGCAUUGUAAGACGAGACUUUGUACCUUUUUAUUUUAUAUUAUGAUUAAUAUUGUAAAGCCACGUGGCUUGGUGGUUAGGGUAUUUCACUCACGGUUGCGAGGUUGUAGUUUCAAUUCCCAGACCAGCCGUACAUUGUGUUCUUGAGUGAAACGCUUCACUCCACUCAUCCACAACACACUCGUAUUUUGUUUCAGGGGAAUAUGUCACCUACCUGAUUAGUGAGUGUGGGUGGCAGCCUUUGAAAGCUAGAAGAUUGCAAGUGUUUUGUGACCAGUGGUCUACUUAAUACCAUGAUUACUAUGAUGAUUAAUAUUAGAGUAGAUGCGUUGGUUGAAAUGGUAAAAUACUGGACCAUUUAGUGUAUCUGGUUUAAUAGUUUAUAUUUCUCUGUUCAAAUCCAUUUUGCUUAGCUUUUAUUUUAUUUUUGUUUUUACAUUGGUUUAUCCUAUUUGUUAAUAAAAUACUAGGGUUAUACCUGUUGACUUCCCUAUCUCUAGAUAAUUUUAUUUGUAAGCAAAAAGCGAAUUGUCUUUACUUACAAGAAUUCAUACAUUUGUGUUCUUUGUUUUAGUAUUAUCACGUUCAAUUGUACACUUGUGCAUACAACUUGUUUUCAAAUGUUUAUCAGAUUUCUUGUCAGUGUUGAGCAGGUUUUUGAAGUUGUAGAGAAGUGUGAUCCAUCUCUGUUUAGUCUUAUUAUUACAUCCUUUGGUGUUUCCAUGAGUAAUGUUUCAAUUUUGGGAUUGAUGUCAAUCAUGAAAAUUCAUUCUUGUCACUAUCCACUGUAGUAAAAGAAUAUUUUACUUUACUUGUUAAAUUUGUCCUCCUCCACCUCCUCAAAGAUUGGGUUUGUUAUCUUGGUCCAAGUCAGUUCUUAUUUAGAAUUACUAACAUCCAAGACAUGUCUAAUUCAUAUGUUCCAAUUUUGGCAUGGCUUCUCUUGGGUACCAACCACUUUACAGAAUGUCUUGGUACAUUUUAUCAUAUCAUCAGUGCAAAAGAGGUUAACAUGGCCUCAAAAAGAUCAAGGCUUGCUCUCAACCAAGUGUUGUGUCCAUUCAUUUUCCAACCACUGUUCAUAGUUUACUGGUUACAAUUAUCAAGUCUGCUGCAAAAUCAGGGUUGCCAGAUUAAUUACAUAAAAUGUAGCACAAAUUUUUCCAGAAAGUUGCAGAUUAUGUUAGAAAGUAUUCCAAAAUGAACAUUUUUUUAGUAAAUUAGAAUGUGUUUGAAUGGUAUACACACAAACAUACGCACUCACACAUACACGCAUAUACAAAGAUUGUCUGCAGGUCAGUUCUAAUUUACUUGAUAAUUUAAUAUUCAAUUGGAUUUUUACCUUUCAUAUUAAAAUAUAAUUCUACUAGAGUUAGUAACCCAAAUAAAAAAUAAUAGAAGCAUGUGGUCCAGAAAAGUAGCAUUAUGUUACUUAGCCGAAUCUGGUAACCCUGUACAAGAGUAGAGAGCUUUUAUUUUAAGAUAUCUCUGAAUGUGAUUGAGAGAGUGAAUAGAAGAGUGAGUGAUGAUACAGGGAGAACUAGAGCAAGAGGGUGUAUGAUGGUGUGGGGGGAGUAUUGGGAAAGCAGAAGAGGGGGAAUAAUAAAUUUAGACAGUGGAUGAGGAAGGAGUUUUAGGAGUGAUAGAGGAGCAAGUAUUGUAAAAGAGAUAUAAGACUGGUGAUGCUGAGAAAAAGAGUGACAGAUAACAAUAUUGAAUGACAUGGUGGUGGGGCGAAGGUAUGAAGAAAGGGGAUAAUAGGGGAUAUUAAAUAUAGAUAGGUCUGAUGACUUGUUUGGAAAUUUGGUCCCUAACUGUUAGAUGGACGUUUUAAGGUAUCUUAUUGAUAAUUGUUUGGUUCUGUAUGGCUCUUUGAAAUUUUAUAGAUUUCUGAGAAUAUUUAUGAAAAGGUUCAAAAUCAUUUUUAAAGGAUCAAAAGCUUUUCUUCCAGAAUAUCUCAAAAAUAUUUGUUUUAUUGGUUGAUGUUCUGUUCUUAAAAACAUUGGUGAAGGAGAAGAAGAAGAAAAAAAAAGCCUAAUCUUUUAUAGCUAAAAUGGAAAAAAGAAAAAAUUCCAUCUCAAUUUACUUUAGUAGAACACUAUCAGACCUGCAUCAUCAUCAUCGUUAAAGCUCCUUGAAGUGAAGUUAAGAAUAUGUUUCAAGAGACAACUGCAAAUGUGUAUCACCUGUUUUACAUGCUGUUAAAAAGACUGCAUGAAGUAGACAGUACUGCUACUCGUUCAGUGUUGUGGCACUAGUGCCACUAAACUGAUGUACAACUUAAAAAAUCUGGGUACUAAUUAAAUGUAUCUUUCCUUUCUAGCUACUGGAAUGCCUUGCUGCCGUUGGUGCCUGAUCGACAUCUAUCAUGUGAGGUGCUUUCACCUCGGUGCCCUUCCUUCUGCAUUGUUGUUGUUGUUGUCAAACCUUUAAGAUUAAGAUUGGCUUUCUCAAAUUUCAUUUAAUUUAAUUUUUUUAAUGAAAAAACUAGGUGAUUUUUUUAAAAAAAAUAAAUUAACCUGAUCCAUGAUAAAAUAAGAAACACAACAAUUCACCAAUAUAUGUAGGAUACAUAAUUGUAGUGUAAUUCACAUCUUAUUUAGUGUCUACUACAUGUUGCUAUAGAAAGGCUGAGUGCUUACCAACUACUUGAAUUACCAGUGUAAUUAAGUCCCAAACACUUCUGCUGAUGCCUCACUGUUGCUGUUACCAUUGAUCUCUAUCAAUUAGAUUUAUCAGUUUUCAAUUUUUUAAUUGAACCUUUUUUUUUUUUUUUGGCUUAAAUGAAAGUUUAGUGAUUUACUUUCUAUAAUUUUGUCAGCCCUUUCUUUGAACAUAUCAUCUUAAAUGAACUACUUUCAUUGAAAGAAGGUAAAAAAAGAGAAAUUUUUGUUUUUAAUCCCAUAAAAUAUAGUUCUUCCUUUUGUAGCAGUACAUCAAUUUUCAUUAUACAUAUACAUUAUGUAUAUAUACAUAUAUAUAUAUAUAUAAUCAUAGAAGUUUGUCCAUAAAAUAAGCCUUUUCCUUGGUAUUAACCUACAAAUGUUCAAGACAUUAUAUAUCAAUAUGGGUAUACAGGUUGUAGAUAGUAUUCAUUUGCAUGUUGACUGUCUCAGGAAGAAAAAAAAAAGGAUUUAUAAUAUUUGAGAAAUAUCAGUCAAAUUUGGUUCAGUUUGUCUUCAUGACAUGUUCUGUCAGUCUCACUUGACAAAACCACCUUUGGCCUCGUUGACAGUUUCCAGGCAGCCUUGGAACCAGCCACAGAUCUUUAUCACUCUCUCCUGUUUUAGAUCCCUGAAGGCCCUCAGCUUGUUCUUCUUGUUGCAGCUGGAUGUGUUGGCGUCUCAUUCCACCAUGACCCACACAAAGAAGUCAAGAGGGUUGCAGUAAGGCCAAAUAUGAGAUGCUGUGUAAUCAAAGAAGUUCUUCGACAGCCAGGCCUGGACCUUCCAGCUGCGGUAGUAAGGUUGCAGAGUCUUGCUGUCACACACAUGACCUCCCUGCAGCCACCCCACUUGACCUAGGGCUUUACCACUUUGCUCAGAACAUGAAUGUAGUCAUUGGUGUUUGGCCUGAGUUUCUUGGCAAGAAGUCGGGUAGCAUGUUGUCACCAUUGCUGAUGACAUUGAAGACCAUAAUUGUUGCUGGAAAUUCCAUCUGCAGGACUCUGGGUGGGACAGCGAGCAACAAGUCAGUUAUUCUGCAAAAAAGAAAUUAAGCAAAAAUAGUUGUUUUUAAGAAAAACAGGCUGACAACAAAAGUAAAAAGAAUAGGUGCAAAUUUAGCAGCUGAAAGCUGCAAGUGAAUAUCAUCUGCACCCUGUAUAUAGGAUGUGUGUAUGUGUAUGCAUAUAUAUAUACACACACACACAUACUAUAUACAUAUAUAUAUAUUCAUUUGUUUUUGUGUUCAUUUUUCCUGCUGGGUUAGACAGAUGUAUUAAGAAAGCAUUGUUAUGCAACUGGAUACCCUUCUCGUUGCUUCCCCUUACCUCUUUCUUUUUUUUGGUGGUGGGGGAUAUCUUAUACUAUUUACAAAAGCACAAAACCAGUGGAUGACCUGUUGACAGAGGAAAUGGCAGCAAAGUCGCUCCCUCUGGCUCAAGAGAAUUUUCAGAAAAGUAUAUAAACAUACACACACAGUUAUACAUAUGCAUGCAUGCAAACUGUAUUUGUGUGCAUGCAUAUAUACACAUACUUGAUGAGCUUCUUCCAGUUUCUGUCUGCCAAAUCCCGAGGUUAUGGUAGAAGACACUUGUCUAAGGUGUUACCCAUUAGGAUUGAACUUCAGACCAGGUGGUUGGCAUACAAACUUUUUAACCACAUAAUCAUGCCUGCAGCCUGUGUAUGAAAUUAGCAGCUAAAUGAUUUCCUAUAUGAAAUUUUGUUUCUCUCACCUGGGGCAAAGCAUUAAUAACAAAGUAAAACUUCAUAAAAUUUGAAAUUGGCAUCAGUUUGAUAGAAUCAGUGUUCUUUGGUUUUCUUUAGAUUAGAAAUUUAUCCUGCAAACCAAGUUGUAGAAAGAGAGAGAUGAUUGUUCAAACUUCCUAUUCUGAUAGCAAUUAGCAGUUCCUAAAAUUAUAUUUUAAAUAUGAUUUCCCCAAACUAGUUUUGCAACAGAAAUGCAAUCUCGUUUCUCUGUAGCAUCAUGUAGUAGGAAAAGCAGAAUUCUAUAAGAUAUUCUCAUUUUAUUUAAGAGAGAUGUACACGUAUGCUAGAUGUAUAUAGUUUAAAACUUACUGAACAUUUCUAUGUUUUGGGGUGAGAGGAAGUAAAUAAGAAACGAAAAUGAUAUAUUUGAUAAUUUUUUGCCAAGGCUGUUCCAUGCUGUGAAUUGGUGGAAAAGAAGAAUUAUCGGGAACCUUUUCUUCUUUUUUUUUUGUUACCCUCUCCUUGUUCUGUUUCUAGAACUACACUAAUCUGAGACUAAUUUUAGGGUUGGUGUUUAUGAAAGCAGACACGAACAGAAGAUGGCACUAACUCAUGAAGCUGCACUGCGGCAAAACUCCCGAUCCAAAACUGAACAAACGAACUUUCUCUGAUGUGAUGGUUGAACAACGACUUACACACCAACAGGCUGCUUUACGGCAACAACUGGUAGAGAAGGCCAAAUCAGGAGAGUUGCAUGCAGUCAAUGGUUCAUCAGGAGAUUCUUCAAGUACAUCAGCAUCCGUAGCUGCAGCAGCGGCAGCGGCAGCGGCUGCUGUGGCCCAGAAACAACCGGUGAAGAGACGGCGAUGGGAUCAAGCAACAGAUGACAGCACACCAGCCAAGAAGACAUCAAGUUCCAGUUGGGAUGCUGCAGAAGCUACAGCAAAUACCCCUUCCAGCACUCGCUGGGACGAGACCCCAGGUCGUAGUAAGGGUGGAGAAACACCCAGUGCCACACCUGGUGCGAGUACUCGAGCUUGGGAAGCAACUCCCGGUCAUGCCACACCUGGUGCUGCUACACCUGGGAGGGACACUCCCGGACACCAGGCGACACCAAGUGCUCGCAGAAAUAGAUGGGAUGAGACACCAAAAACAGAAAGGGAAACUCCUGGCCAUGGUAGUGGCUGGGCCGAAACACCAAGGACUGAUCGAGGUGGGGAUCUUAUUCAAGAUACACCAACACCUGGAGCUAGCAAACGUCGAUCGAGAUGGGAUGAAACUCCAGCAGCUGCAACUCCUGGAGGAAUGACUCCAGGUAGUAUGACACCAAAUAUGACUCCAGGUGGUACCACACCAGGUGGCAUGACACCUACAAAUAUGACACCAAGUGGAAUGACUCCGAGUGGGAUGACACCUGGAAAUAUGACCCCUGGAGGCAUGACCCCUGGUGGUACCACACCUACAGGCCAGAAAGCCAUGGCCAUGGCUACACCUACACCUGGCCAUCUCAUGUCUAUGACACCUGAACAGCUACAGGCUUAUACUUGGCAGAGAGAGUUGGAUGAGAGGAACAGACCUCUGUCAGAUGAAGAACUUGAUUCCAUGUUUCCUACAGGCUAUAAGAUCCUCCAACCACCUGCUGGUUAUGUACCAAUUCGAACUCCAGCUCGUAAACUAACUGCCACUCCCACACCAAUGGCAGGAACCCCAAUGGGAUUCCGAAUGCAAACACCAGAUAGCAAGGUUUCAAUUGUUGACAUGCAACCUAAAGGUAAUUUACCAAUGAUGAAACCAGAUGACAUGCAGUAUUUUGACAAACUCUUGGUUGAUGUGGAUGAAGAGACCCUCACUCCUAAAGAACAGAAAGAAAGAAAAAUAAUGAAAUUGUUAUUGAAAAUUAAGAAUGGUACACCUCCUAUGAGAAAGGCUGCUCUUAGACAAAUCACUGAUAAAGCUCGAGAUUUUGGUGCUGGUCCAUUGUUCAACCAAAUCCUACCUUUGCUAAUGUCACCCACACUUGAAGAUCAAGAAAGACAUUUACUAGUGAAAGUUAUUGAUCGUAUCCUCUACAAACUGGAUGAUUUGGUGCGACCUUAUGUGCACAAAAUUCUUGUUGUUAUUGAACCGUUAUUGAUUGAUGAAGACUACUAUGCCAGAGUUGAAGGUAGAGAAAUUAUAUCUAAUUUGGCAAAAGCGGCAGGUCUGGCAACCAUGAUUUCUACAAUGAGACCAGAUAUUGACAAUAUGGACGAGUAUGUACGUAACACCACAGCCAGAGCAUUUGCAGUCGUCGCAUCUGCUCUUGGGAUCCCUUCUCUUCUGCCUUUCCUAAAAGCUGUUUGUAAAAGCAAAAAAUCUUGGCAGGCAAGACAUACUGGGAUCAAAAUCGUCCAACAAAUUGCUAUUCUUAUGGGCUGUGCCAUUCUUCCUCAUUUGAAAAGUUUAGUGGAAAUUAUUGAACAUGGUCUGAUUGAUGAGCAGCAGAAAGUGCGAACCAUCACAGCUUUAGCCUUGGCAGCUUUAGCUGAAGCUGCUACACCUUAUGGUAUUGAGUCCUUUGAUAGUGUGCUCAAACCCUUGUGGAAGGGUAUCAGACAACACAGAGGAAAGGGUCUAGCUGCCUUUUUGAAAGCCAUUGGUUAUCUUAUUCCAUUGAUGGAUGCUGAAUAUGCCAACUACUAUACCAGAGAAGUGAUGUUAAUCCUCAUUCGAGAAUUUCAGUCUCCAGAUGAAGAAAUGAAAAAGAUUGUGUUAAAGGUAGUGAAGCAGUGUUGUGCUACGGAUGGUGUGGAACCCCAAUACAUUAAAGAGGAAAUUUUGCCACCAUUUUUUAAGCACUUCUGGAACCAGAGAAUGGCUUUAGACCGAAGGAAUUAUCGCCAGUUGGUAGACACAACAGUGGAAAUUGCUAACAAAGUUGGAGCUGCCGAAAUUAUUGUACGUAUUGUGGAUGAUCUGAAAGAUGAAGCUGAACAAUACAGAAAGAUGGUUAUGGAAACAAUAGAGAAGGUUAUGGGUAACCUUGGUGCUGCUGAUAUAGAUUCAAGAUUAGAAGAACAACUUAUUGAUGGUAUAUUAUAUGCCUUCCAGGAACAGACAACAGAGGAUGUUGUCAUGUUGAAUGGCUUUGGAACUGUUGUGAAUGCCCUUGGCAAAAGAGUAAAACCAUAUUUGCCCCAGAUUUGUGGUACUAUAUUAUGGCGUCUUAACAAUAAAUCUGCCAAGGUCAGGCAGCAAGCAGCAGAUUUGAUAUCAAGAAUUGCAGUUGUUAUGAAAACUUGUCAAGAGGAGAAAUUGAUGGGUCACUUGGGUGUUGUAUUAUAUGAAUACUUGGGAGAAGAAUACCCUGAAGUGUUAGGAAGCAUCCUAGGGGCUCUUAAAGGUAUAGUCAAUGUUAUAGGAAUGACCAAGAUGACGCCUCCUAUCAAAGACCUCCUCCCCAGACUAACACCAAUUCUAAAGAACAGACAAGAGAAAGUACAAGAAAACUGCAUAGAUUUAGUUGGACGAAUUGCUGAUCGUGGAGCAGAAUUUGUAUCGGCAAGAGAAUGGAUGAGGAUUUGUUUUGAACUCCUUGAACUGUUAAAAGCUCACAAAAAGGCAAUUCGCCGAGCCACAGUGAAUACAUUUGGGUAUAUUGCAAAAGCUAUUGGCCCUCAUGAUGUAUUAGCAACACUUUUGAACAAUCUGAAAGUCCAAGAACGACAGAAUCGUGUGUGUACCACUGUAGCUAUUGCUAUUGUAGCUGAAACCUGCUCCCCUUUCACUGUCCUCCCUGCACUGAUGAAUGAAUAUAGAGUUCCUGAGUUGAAUGUCCAAAUUGGUGUGCUGAAGUCAUUAUCCUUCAUGUUCCAGUACAUUGGUGAAAUGGCAAAAGAUUACAUCUAUGCAGUCACUUCAUUGCUUGAAGAUGCUUUAAUGGACAGAGACCUUGUUCAUCGUCAAACAGCAAUGGCUGCUAUUCAGCAUUUGUCCCUUGGAGUGUAUGGUUUUGGCUGUGAAGAUGCUCUAAAUCAUUUAAUGAACUAUGUCUGGCCAAAUAUUUUUGAAACAUCACCACAUGUUGUACAAGCAUUUAUGGGAGCCAUUGAAGGACUUCGAGUUGGUUUGGGAUCGGCAAGAAUUCUCCAGUAUGCUCUACAGGGGCUUUUCCACCCUGCACGGAAAGUGCGAGAUGUUUACUGGAAAGUGUACAACACUGUAUAUAUCGGGGCCCAAGACGGCAUGAUUCCAGCCUAUCCUCGCAUACCAAAUGAUGUGAAAAACCAAUACAUUCGCUAUGAACUUGAUUAUAUGUUAUGAUUGAAUCCUACUCAAGAACCUCUGGUUUUAGACUCUGUCAACUGGACAUGGCACACACACACACACACACACACACACACAGCGAGAGAGGUCGAGCCCGCACGGUCGGGAGGUGCCGGUGUAAAUAAACUUCUGUGAAGAUCCUGACUCUUUCAUUGAGAGACAAUCUUUUCAAGCUUGCUUCUGUGCACAGAUCAGAAGCUUUUGGCAUUGGAAGAACUUCAAAACAUAAAUAAAAUAACACUAUUCAGAAAACGCACUCUUUCUCUUUCUCUGUCUCACACAUUUACAUAUUCCCACAAUCUCUUCAACGUGUUACAUGAUAGGACAUCUACUUGGUUAAGUCUAAAGUUUCUGAACUAAAGGCUGUUUGGUUUGACUGAAACUGCAUUGAAAAAAGGUUUUAAAAAACAAAACAAAAAACGUCUACAUAACUAGAAAAACAUUUGUUUGACUGUUUCCAAGGUGGACAUAGUUCCUUCUGUAUAGUUUCUGCUUUGCUGCCUGUCCAACAUUCAUAAAAGCAUUGGUAUUUACCAGAACCUGCACCACCAGAAUCAGUUCCAUCCUGAAAGGCAGCAAGAUCAAGACAUCCUAUCUCACAUCUCACACAAUUUCUUUCCUCUUUUCUUUUUUUUCCUUGGCAAAGUGACUUAAAAAAAAAUUUUAAAAAACAGCCAGCAAGUGAUGAAGGAAACAUUGUUCAAGUCCUUAAAUUUUCUUUCUUUUAAAGAUAUUUUUCUCCUUUGUCUUUUUCCCAAAUCUUUUUCAAAAGAUUUUCCUUUUUUGUUUAUUUGUUUUUACCUUCUGACUCUGUUCUUCAACUUUAGCAAUUGUUCUAAUGACUGUUUCUUUUUUGUCUUUAAUCUAUUAGAGUGAGUUAGCUUUAAUAAUUCAGAUUCCAGUGGCAGCAGCAGCAGCAACUAAAACACCAUCAUUGUCAUCAUCAUCAUAAAGAACAAUUUAUAAUUAACUUUACAACUUACUUGUAACACACACCCUUUCUCUCUCUCUCUCUUUCAAACACUUUAAACAAAUUGCCUGUUUUGGAUUUUUCUUUCUCCCUCUUUAUAAUCAAUCAAACCAAAUAUUUCUUCAGACUUUCAGCUGUCACUUUUAUCAUUUAUAAAUAAAAUUUGAUGUCUGUGUUUUGUAACUUUGUAUGGUUAGUACUCACAGAAUCAGGUGUGUCCUCA